GCUAAUUGGGUCGGGAGGACUAUGUGAGAGGGGGGUGAGUUUCUUUCAUCUCAAGAGCCCGGCCACUCAGUCCAAAUAAAUUGCCGCUUCGGCUAGGAGCUCUACCUUCUCUUCUAGUUGCCUUCAAGACUGUUUCUUUCAUUGGGUUCGUUAAAUGCCUGCGUCUACACGAUCGCAAACGAGAGAGAGAGAGAAGAGAGAAGCUUCUGAGUGUUGCUCUUGAGGGAGUGAGGAGAGGGAAGAGGAGUGUUCGUCCCAGAAGUGUGAGGAAGUACGGACCUCUCCUGAGAGACUUAUUGACACCCUCGUCCUCCAUCAUGGCAUCUGCAGCAGAAUGGAAGCUGCAAAUGGACGCUGCCCCUGAGGCAGAAAAAGCGCAGUACCAGUUCUUUUAUGAAAACGCAUUGAAGAGGGAAGAGGAAGAGAAGGAGAAGGAGAGGGGUGACAAAGUAAAGGCUCAUGAAGCCGUCUUCAGUACCGUGCCCGCCUUAACUGAUGAUGAGGUGGAAGAGAAGACUGUCCCACUCCUCAGGGCUUUAGUAGAGGUCCGGACUGUUGAAGACCAUACGGGCCAACUCGCCAAGGUGUUUGAUGAACUCAAGAAGUUGCGCGGGGAUAUGGCCCUGAUGGCGCAGCAGCACCGUGGGCUGCUGGAACAGUUUGCUAGCUUGCAGCCGGCCCAAAGUGUUCUUCCUUCUGCUUACCCUGGUUCUAGUGUUACAUGUCAGUCCAUUUUUGCCACUCCAACCAUAUCUUCUUCUUCUUCUUCUUCUUCUUCUUCUUUGAGUGUGGCCAACAGCCUAUCCGGAUCUGCAGCAGGUCCAGACCCCGCUGUUGCGGCGGCUGCUGCUGCUGCAGCGGCAAGUGGCAGUGCAGGGCAUUCUGGAACUGUUGCAGCUUCGAAUUCGAACCCAGCAAUCGUUGGUCCUAGUUGCAGCUUUCCCUACGUGGACAGGAAGGCGGCACAGAUUUCGUCCAAGUAUGACGGACAGGACGACAUUGAAUCUUGGAUCAGCUCUAUGCAAUCCUACUUAGAUGUGCUCGGGACACCCCCGGUCACUCAGUCAACGGUCCUAGGGACCAAUGUGGAACCCUCCGUAAGGGGCUUCUUAGAAGUCCAAGUUGUACAGUCAGGCUAUAAAAGAAUAGACCUAAACAAAUGGUUGAAGGCUACGCCAAUAGCCACACUCCAGGAACUCUUGAUCAAACAGUAUGCCGAUCCGCAUUUUGCAGCCAAAGCUAGACUUAAGCUUGACAAGCUCAAGCACAACAAGUGGACAGGCACCAUGCAUAGUCUGCAGCAGUAUGUUAGUAAACUUUUUGCUACUCCUAAUCAUGAGAUGACUGCGCAGUCUUGCUUGGAUGUGAUUAAAGGCAUGGUCCCCUCUACUGUAACACAUCGCUUGGGGCUCGGACUCAUAACGUAUAUAGAUUGGCUUUCCCUCAUGCGGGAUUUAGUCAAGCUCGAGGCACAAGACCUCCCGGGUGGAUCGGGUGGCAAAAAGACCACCAGCCGCAAACGGUUUCCGGGCAGCAACCGUUUUGCAGCGCACGAUCUACUUGAGGUUGACGAGGGAGACCUUCGCAGAGGACCCUUCUCUUGAUGACGAUCAAGAGCAAGACUGCGAGACAUCUUACUCUUCGACAGCCCAUGAGUCUA